GGGAUUGGGCCGGCGUGAAGCAACGGCGCAUGCGCGGUGCGGCGGCUCUGACCUUCAGGGGCCGUGGCCGGGCGGGCAGCUCGUGAAGGAGGCUGAAGAGGCUGCGGGAGAGACGGAAAGAAGGACCCACCGAAGCCGCCCCCGGGUCCAAGUUAGGAAUAUGGCAACUUUGAAAGACAUUACCAGGCGGUUAAAGUCUAUCAAGAACAUCCAGAAGAUCACCAAGUCCAUGAAGAUGGUCUCUGCAGCGAAGUAUGCCAGGGCGGAGCGAGAGUUAAGGCCAGCGAGAGUUUACGGAGUGGGGGCACUGGCUCUCUAUGAGAAGGCUGAAAUCAAGGCGGCCGAAGACAAGAAGAAACACCUUCUUAUUGGGGUGUCCUCCGACCGUGGACUCUGUGGCGCUAUCCACACUUCCGUGGCCAAGAACAUCAAGAGUCAAAUUUCGACUCUUACGAACGCUGGCAAAGAAGUCAUGGUGGUCGGCGUGGGGGACAAGCUCCGAGGCUUGCUCCAAAGGACACACGGCAGUAACUUCUUGCUGAGCUUCAAAGAAGUCGGAAGAAAGCCCCCAACUUUCGGAGAUGCUUCCAUCAUCACCUUGGAGCUACUGAACUCGGGAUAUGAAUUUGACGAGGGAUCGGUCAUCUACAAUCGGUUCAGGUCUGUUAUCUCUUACAAGACAGAUGAGAAACCAAUCUAUUCUCUCGAGACGGUUUCAGGUGCCGAGAGCAUUAGCAUCUACGACGACAUCGAUGCCGACGUCCUGCGGAACUACCAGGAAUUCACGCUGGCCAACAUCAUCUUCUACUCCUUGAAGGAGUCCACCACCAGCGAGCAGAGCGCCAGGAUGACCGCCAUGGACAACGCCAGCAAAAAUGCUUCUGAGAUUAUCGACAAGCUGACCAUGAAGUUCAACCGCACGCGCCAGGCCGUCAUCACCAAGGAGCUGAUCGAGAUCAUCUCCGGGGCCGCCGCUCUGUGA